AUGAUAGAUAGAGAAGGGACUGAUACACGUGUAUCGUGUUUUAAUGAUAUGACAGACAUUCAUUAUGGUAACAUAAACAUUGGAGCUACAUACAAUAUUUUGGGUAGAGUUGUCAAGAUAGCUAAUAAAAUUUAUAACAAACUUAAUAGUGGGAUAGAAAUAACUCUUGUGCAUGAAUCAAUUGUAACCCUCUGUGAAGAUGACCCUUCUAUUCCAAGAAACCAUUUCUCAUUCAUGCCUAUUAAUGAAAUACUUGAGCAAAGUAAUAAUUCAAUCAUCGAUGUUAUUGGUGUUGUUAUUUGCAUAGAACCAAGCUCUACAAUCAGAAGAAGAAAUGGAACAGAGGUUAUGAGGCAUACCAUAAAGCUACUGGAUAUGUCUCGAACAACAAUAGAAGUUACACUAAGGGGACCACCAUCUGAGAAAGAAGGUAGCCAGCUCCAACAAAAAUAUUACCUUCAAGAGACUACAAUCCUUGUAAUCAAGAGUGGACGUGUUUGCGAAUAUAAUGGAAAAGUAUUGAGCACAUCAAGAAACACACACCUAAUUCUAAACCCAGAGAUACUUGAAGCUGAGAAAUUGAGAACCGAGUUUGACCAAAAUGUAAGUGACACGCACAAAAAUUUGGUUAAGUAUGUUGACUUACCUCCGCCAAUUACACGAAUGACAAUCAGUGGCAUCUGA